AUGGCUACCGCACCUCGUCGUCCUCGUCCACCACAACAAUACCGGAAAGUGGCUAUUUCGGAAGAAAAUGAAGAAGACGAGCGCUCAGGUAUUACCAGUUAUCCAGAUGAGUCAGACCCUCACAUGUCCAUGGAAGAUCCCUCUGGUUCGACUUCCCUUAGUGCUUCUAACUCCUUGGGUCGCAAACGAGCUGCUCCGUGUCCACCGCGACGCACUACACCGGUCAAGCCGUUCCCAAGCGAACUUACCCAUCAAUUAUUCCCUUCAGCCCGACCUUCUGUCAGCACAACGUCCUCCGAACGAGAUCUUCCCGGUGAAGAUGACCUGUUUCCUCUGCCACCACCCACAGAUGGUGAAGCAUUCAACGGUUCUGUAACUGGUGUGCGUACACCUUCGUUCCAAACCGGCCAUUUCGCAAUAUCUACACCACCCCCGCCCCAGUCUUCUAUUCCACCACCUACACCGGGCGGAUUUCAAAUACCGUCGGUGAUGAGCACUUCGGGUAAGGCUGUGAUGCGAUUUCGCUGGUUCCUCCUUUUCAAUAUGAGAGCCUUGGUUCGAAAGGCAGCCAUAUUUCCAUCCUCCAGUUCAAUGGAACCGAAUUGCGGCAUGCUCAAACCAGCCAGACCUGCAUUUCUUCCACAUACCAAUCCAUCACAGACGAAGCCAGAUGGUGUCGGGUUGAGGCCAGUCAAAUCACCGAGCCACACUAAACCCUCGAGCUGUGAUAAAGCAUCCCCCGCGGAUGAAUCUUCAUUUGCUGGCGAGACAGGCCAACCGUUUGGGAGAUCCGAAGGAAAAAUGCCCGGAUCUAAAGUUGAGACAUCUACGCGUUUAUGCGCUUCAGGUCAAUCGGAAACUCGGAUUCCCGUCUCCAAGCUGUCCUCCUCAUCCUCUGCUGCAAACGCCGAGUUUCGUCACGAAUUGGAGCGACGAUUGCAACAGCAACACCAGACACAGGGUCAUCCGUAUGAUCGACCAUCUACAUCCUUCAAACUAACCCGAUCAUCUAAGCAGUCCGCUGCGGAACAAAAGCAGUCCCAACCGGCCUCACCAACAACGACUAUAACCUGCGGUUUUUUGACAGUUCCUCGGAAGAAAUCUGUACAGUCUACUUCUGUCACUCCCAUUGCUGUCACUGUUGAUCGACCGAUUGUGCGCGCAAAUCCCCCCAGUCCUUCUCCUUCUCCAAACGGUUCACAGGCUUCCCCUAAUGCAUUUUAUCCCACAUCAGUUACCCAACCUCACUCACGUUCCCUGAAGACAGCUACAGAGCCACAGCAACAGCAACCCACGGGUUUACCGAAGCCGAUGCUUCGCAGUCCUAAACGGUCCGCUCCUCCGUGGGUCAACCCACAGACUGUCAUGAACCCCGCACCAAGCGCAUCUAAUCCUGCUGCAAGUAAAUCAAACGAACAGUCCACAAAGCGCUUAAGCUGGACCGGUCCUGACAGACUCCAUCGACCCUCAGAUGCAGGUGGAAUACGUUCUCAGCGAUUUUGUUUACCCACAAUUCUCUCCAACUCAUCAACGGGGCUAGAUUCGGUGGAGUUAGCUGACCAGAACCAAGCGCCGUCUCGUCAGCAUCUUACCAAUCGACUAACGGAGCUUGUCCAACGACUUGAGGCUCUUCGCACAGAUGAUUCUGAACCAGAACAGGUAAUUGCUUGUGCUGAGCAACUGGAGGCCUGUCGUCUCGACUGCUCUGCGUUCAUUGAUCAAGCCACAUGUUCUGCUAGAGCUAAGUUCGCCUUUCGUGAUCGGUACGCUCCAUUGCAACAAUUGAGCACAAACUUACGGCUUAAUCGGUCAAAACAAUCACCCGAUCCUGUCAGACUGGUAUCCACCGCGGUGACUGCUUUGCAGAACAUUCUUACCGAACUAUCCAAACUAAAUGAAGGGGAAUCAAGUGCCACCAGUGGGUUAGACGGUCAGGAAGAGGAGGAUGAGGAAGAGGUACGAUCGUCAAUAGAUAAUCUGCGCGAUACGGUUCCUCGUCCAUUGCGUUUUGCACCGGUACCAACUAAGUUGCCUCAGUUUGUGUCGGAGUGA